AAAACUCUUUUCACUUAACUUGGAAGCAAUAAAUCCGCAAAAAUGGUGUAUGUUGUCUACAGUCUUUGAGCACAAACCCUCGACGAAUUCACUCAAUGGAGGAGAAACCAGCGGGGAGCUCGGCCACGGCGGGUGCCGACUCACCGGCAUCAGCCGAGCCAGCGUCGUCACGGAGGCGGGCGGGAGGGCUGAAGAGGAAAGCCAACGCGACGUCUGUAAACAGCUCUUCGUCUACACCGUCGAAACGGCUCACUCGCGAGAAGGCCGCGAUCUCUCACCCGCCGAUCCACAACGGUGGUCCGUUGACCAGAGCCCGCCAGGGCCCCAACAAUUUGGGUUCUUCAGCUUCUGCUGCGGCUGCAGGCGCUGGAUUUAAGCUUGAGGAUAAGGUUGCUCUGUCUGCGUCGGAGGCUGCGACGGUGGCAGCAUUGGAGGAGGAGAUAAGUAAGUUGGAGAAGUUGAAAGCAUCUAUAGAAGCGGAGUUUGAGGGUAUUAGAUCUAGAGAUUCUAAUGCUCAUGUAGUGCCUAAUCAUUGCGGUUGGUUUUCAUGGUCAAAAAUUCACCUCCUUGAGGAGCGUGCAUUACCUUCAUUCUUUAAUGGGAAGUCCCAAACCCGGACACCUGAUACCUACAUGAAGAUACGAAAUUGGAUUGUGAAAAAAUUUCAUGCAAAUCCAAAUGUACAGAUUGAAUUAAAAGAUCUUUCUGAGCUUGAAGUUGCAGACCUAGAUGCAAAGCAAGAGGUGCUUGAAUUCUUGGACUACUGGGGAUUGAUUAAUUUCCACCCAUUCCCACAAAUAGAUUCUUCUGCCAAUGCUUAUAGUGAUGAAGCAGCAAAGAAGGAUUCAUUGCUUGAGAAGUUAUUUCACUUUGAAACCAUUCAACCAUCCCCUCUUGUUCUUCAUAAGCCUAAUCUAUCAACUCCAUCUGUACCAUCUGGGUUAUUUCCUGAGUCUUCAAUUGCAGAAGAUUUGGUGCAGCCUGAGGGGCCAGCUGUUGAGUACCACUGCAAUUCCUGUUCAGCUGAUUGCUCUCGUAAACGCUACCAUUGCCAGAAGCAGGCAGAUUAUGAUUUGUGUGCUGAUUGCUUUAGUAACCGGAAAUUUGGCUCAGACAUGUCUUCAUCAGAUUUUAUUCUCAUGGAGCCUGCUGAUCCUGGCUUAAGCGGUGGAAAGUGGACAGAUCAGGAGACCCUACUUCUCCUUGAGGCAUUGGAACUUUAUAAAGAAAACUGGAAUGAGAUUGCAGAGCAUGUUGCCACAAAAACUAAAGCUCAAUGUAUAUUGCACUUUGUUCAAAUGCCAACUGAGGAUGCUUUUUUUGACUGUGAUGAUGAUGUAGAUGGGAGUUCCAAAGAAACUACAGAUCAGCCUACAAUUGUUGAUGAUGCAUCUGUUCCUAAAGAUGGGAUUGAAAUUAGUGAGGAAAAAACUGGUGCUAAGGAGGACUUUCCUCUGGCUUUGCCAAUGGAAGCUUCCAAACAAGAAGAUGCAAGUGAACUAAAAGUUGUCCAGGAAACUGCAAAGCUGGGCAAUGCCAAUGAAGCUAUAGUUGGUGAGGAGACUACCAAAUCAAAAGAUACUAGUGAAGUGAAGGCUGCCCAGCAUUUGGGUGAAAAUUUGGCAGUCAAAGCUCUCACUGAAGCAUUUCAAGCUAUUGGUUAUCUUCAUACUCCUGAAAUCCAACUAUCAUUUGCUGAAGUUGGAAAUCCUGUAAUGGCUUUGGCAGCAUUUUUGGCAAGACUGGUGGGAAGUGAUGUUUCUACUGCUUCAUCUGGCUGCUCUUUGAAAUCAUUAAGUAGUGAUUCUCCAGGCAUGCAGCUGGCAGCAAGGCAUUGCUUUCUUUUGGAAGAUCCACCAGAUAACCAGCAGGAACCAGCUGAACCGGAUUGCAGUGCCACUGAAACGGCUAAUCAAGAUGCUCAAAACUUCAACCAGGAGGGCCAAGCCCAGAAGGGAAAUAAUGCUGAUGGCGGAGAGUUGUCAAUUGAUAACAGUAACAGGAAAAUUGAAGAUUCUGCUGCAGAAGAAAAGCAACCUCUGAAUUCUCCAAGUGACAAAUCCACUGAGAAUGUAAACACUGCAAACGAAGCAGGCACUGCAGUUUCUCAUGAGGUUGAACAUGGUAAGUUGAAGGAAUCUAGCGACUCGGUGUUGCAAAAGGAGCCCCAAAUAAAUGUUUUAAAAGAAUCAAAUGAGAUGCCAUCCAAUUCCGAGUGUCCACCAAGUUCUACGAAGGAAACAGAAGGAACUUCGACGACUGUGCCUUCUCAGCCUAAAGAGGUUAAUAAAGAUGUAGAAAUGGUGUCUAAUUCAACACCUGCUGAAAAUGAUGAGCCUUGUCCAUCAGUUGCAUCAGUGCCAGUUGAAGAGGAAUCUCAAACUGCAGAAACGUCAAAGGACGUAGAUAUGAUCUCAGACUCUCUGCCUGCAGAGAAGAAUGAACAACAGCAACCAGUAAAAUCAAAUUCAGUACGAGACUCUACCCCGUCUAUAGAGGCACCAAAGGAUGUAGACAUGUUAUCUUCAAUGACAUCAGAAUUAAAAGAGCCUCCGCAGCCAGUUGCACCAAAUUCAGUGGUUGAAAAUGGAGCGACUAAAGCUGAGGACCAAAAAGGCAGUAAAAGAGAGAGUGCUGAUUUUAAGCAGAAUGAUGAUAAUAGCAUUGAUAAAGUAAAGCGUGCUGCAGUUUCUGCUCUUUCGGCAGCAGCAGUGAAGGCAAAGCUUCUCGCAAACCAGGAAGAAGACCAAAUACGACAACUUGCUGCAUCAUUGAUAGAAAAGCAGUUGCGUAAGCUGGAAACAAAACUGGCUUUCUUUAAUGAAAUGGACCAUGUAAUAAUGAGAGUUAGGGAGCAACUUGACAGGUCAAAGCAAAAGCUGUAUCAUGAGCGAGCACAGAUAAUUGCAGCGCGGCUUGGGCUACCAGCAUCCUCAUCUAGAGGAAUGCCGCCACAAUUACCCACCAACAGAAUUGCAAUGAAUUUUGCAAAUUCAAUUCCAAGACCCCCUAUGAGCAUGACUUCCCAAAGGCCACCAAUUGCAAGACCCAUGGGGACAUUAGCUCCCACCCCUUCUAAUACAUUUGUAUCAACUACAGCUGGAAGUUCAAUUCGGCCUUCUGGCCAGGACAAACUGUCUUCAGUUGGGAUGAAGUAGUCUUUACCCAGGAGGCGUGUGAAUAGAUUUCUGUUGAUUUUUAUACUCCAGUCAGUUACAAGCAUUUUAACAAAGAGAAUUUAAUGGUUCACAAGCCGCAGCUUUUACUCUAGCAGUGGUUCCAUUAAUCUGAAGAAGUUUACACUUAGAGCGCGUUUAGCCGGUACCUCAGCCUUAAAUUUAUCCUAUGAGGAGUUGGCUGGCAAUUUUACCAAUGGAGUUGUAUUGGUCUAACUGGAGGAUUAUAUUCAUUGAAGUGGGAAUUUUAUGGGGAUGAAAACCUAACAAAUGAAGGCUUGGAAUUUUAUAAGGUUAGUUAUUCAUAUGUAGACUUGCUAAACUAGUGUUGUGUAGUCUGCCAUGGUUGUGUAAUAUUUUGUUACUAUUCCAAGAUAGUGGGUCGCCAAUUGUAAGAAAAGGCAUAUUUGAAUUAGAUGGACGGACUAACAUAGAUGCUUUCUUUUUUCUCGUUUUUUCAAGCUUAUUUAAUUCAAUCUGAAUGCAGAGCAGUUGAAGUCCAACUUGGCACA